GCGCGCUCGCGCGUUCGGCGUCGCUCGGAUGAGGGUAGGUGAGGGCGGCGAUAGGCCUUUACAUUUAUAUUCGGUGUUUGCAUACAUAUUCUGGACUUCCUCAAGCUAUCGUGUGGCCGGAUGAGCUACUGGACGUUGACAGCCCAGCGGAAGUGGACAGCCACAGCAAGCUCAUCAUCUCAGACGUCGCUGUCAGUGGAGAUUCUGUCAGCCUCAGCAGGCGUUCUGGGAUGAAGUGGAGCUUCUGACAGGCAUGGAACCUGAAGCGUUCCGGGGCAAGGCCCUGGGUAACCUGGAGAGGCUGAAGGAGCUCAUCUGCAAUGAACAUCGGUGCCCGCAUGAUCGUGCCAUUUGGCAUCUGGCAUUCCUGCUGGGGGAAGACCUCGACGUCCUCUUGGCUGGGAGAAACGUCGGCAUCAGGAUGGUGGACGCCGGCGUCAUCGUAUCGGACGAAGCCCAGCUGAUCCCUGAAGCCAACGGUGACGUGAAACUGGUCCUGUGGGUUCUGGCCCACAUGGUCUUUGCCGCCAAAUUCCCUUCAGGGUAUGGGCGGCGGCUGGGUUCCGUCCUGUACAACAAAGUUUGCGGCUUCCGCAUGCAGGUCACAAAGGUCACGGAGCGUGUGCUUCAUAAGAUCUACAAGUAGUGAGACGUUAGCGACGGCCGCUGACCGGCAAUGAAGGAGGCGGGGAGGGGGGUCGGUUGAUUUUUUUUUUUGCCCACUGCGAGUGACCCAGGACAGGUGAGAGGCAGGUUCAUCGCCAUGGCAGAUUGUGUGGUCCGCUGACAGGAGUACAGCUGUAAUACACGACCGUUU